AUAGUAUAAUGAAGCAAGAUUUGGAAUGGUUUGGUGAUACGUCUGUGCGCUCUGUCCCACAUUACGUUAUAGGGAACUUAUGCAUACGCUGAUUCCAAAACGGAUCUCCUACUGAUAAUUUGUGACAGAACUCAUUUCGAAUGCCACUACCAUGGCAAGUUAUGAAUCAGAAGGUACAAACCGAAGCUUCAAAGACCCCACACAAACAGACGACAUAUACCCUCCGCCCCCUGGAUUCGAUAGCCCUCCUAAUAAACCUGAUCGGUAUCGGCCAUAUGGCGGGAAGAGCAAUGGUGAGAGAUCCGCCCAAAGACCUAACCCUGACACUAACUCCCCCGGCAUGAACGAUGAGUAUAAGAGAAGAGCGAGCGUCACGAAAAGAAUAUGGAGUAUCCUCAAAGGAACUUUCCUUUGCGCGUGCCCGUUGUUCAUCAUCGGCCUCGUCCUUGUAGUUCUCGGUGUAGUCGACGUACCAGCCGGCAAUGACCUCAUCAAACCAGGAGCACCCAUACUCAUCAUCGCCAUGGUCUUCCUCAUCGUCACAAUCAUCCUCCUCGUCGUUUACAAGGUCAGGGGUAUGAAUGCGUACGACAUCGGUCAGAACAGAAUGACGGGAAUUGUCAACAACGGUGUUAAUGUUACAACGCAGAGAUCAUCGAAUGAAGAAAAUCGUCAUGAAAGAAACGAAGAUUCAGAGGAUCGAAGAUACAACGAAUCAAGAAGAAUCUAGCUUGCCACAUGUCCACAAGACGUCAUUGAAAAUGCCGCAGGGACUAAUAUAAUUAGGCAUACUUACAAGUUACAUUGUUUAUACAUCCGUCACUGAUUUUUAUGAACCGUCAAGGACCUAAUUUACCUGAGUUGUGCGGGAACUGUACUUUUUAAUCUGAAAGUAAAGUGGGUGUGGCGAGGUUACAUGACACACAAAAACUGUUUCCGACGAAUCGCGCUGUAUUCGACUCUCUCAUUGGCUGGUUCAAUCGUGUCACGUGACACCGCGGACUCGUCGGAUCCGUGCAAUGAAACUGUCAACGUUUUACUUUCACAUAGCCGCGGCUUUGUUUGUUUUUACUUAUAUUGUGUAGAUUUUACUGCUCAGUCUCAUCGAUGUUAGUCAUUGUCAUUGAAAAAGUAUUUAAAAAAAAAACCUUAUCCCCAAUCAUGCCAAAGUUGGAUACUUAUGACUGCUAUCACAGGAAGAAAAAUAUAACGAGAAUUAGUGCAGACACUUUUCAAGAUAUCUCUGACUGGAAAAUCAUCAUUUACUGUAUCUCAUGGGGAGAUUUAUAUAUAUAUAUAUAUACUAUAUGUUGGUGUAUGGGAUGAACUUAAUAUGGUGUUUAUGGUCACUUUUUAUUUCACUUUUGCGUAGCACUAAAUAAUUAUUUUCGGCCUUUCUGGACUUCAUUUUUUAUAACAUAUCCCAGACACAUAAUAAGUGGGACCUUGUAGCUCAAAAUCGAUGUUAAUUUAUGCCUGACUGUCAAGAACAAUGAGAUUGCUAAGAUGUUGUAAAUCUCAAAUGGCAAGCAGUAUGAAAAACCUUCAAAUUGGAAACAAACUUAGUCAUUAAAAAAAUCAUAUUUCUCUCUUCCGCAUAUCUGCUCUCAGGGUGGUAAAUUACUAUCUAACAUAGAUAACAUUGAAAUCAGAAAAGAAAAAAAAAUCUGAGUAACUUAUUGAAAAGAAAAUAUUUAUGUUUUCAGUUUUGAUUUAUGCUAUGUUAUUUCUUUCAUUGUGUUCAUGCUCUCUUAUUCAUUCACUUACCAUGUUUAUGUUCGAUUAUUUAUUUUAUCAUGUUUAUGUUCUUUUGUUUGUGGAUGACACCGUUGUAAAGCAGCUUAAACGGACUACCCUGCAAUGUUUUGUCGAUUGUAUUAAAUAACACAUGAAUAAAUAAUAUUUUAGUAAUUUUAUGCUAUGUAGCAUCUUUUUAUAUUAAUUUUGUAAGCAUAUUCACAUAUUAUAGUCUAAAAAAUCAAGUUGUAUUUAAAAGUAAGAGCAAAAGCAGUUAUUGAAUUGAAUUGAAGAAUUGAAUUUAUUUCCGUUAGAAACAAUUAACAAUACAUACUGAAAAUGACAAAUGAAACGGGGGGAUGGCCCUACUCAGCAGCAUCAAUCAUGGUGCUGCUGGUCUACCGAGGGGUCCUCAAUGAAAUUAUAUGGUAAAUUUUAAAUUAAGAUUUUGAAUAUAUGUAAAACUGAUUUAUGUUUAUUCCUAUUACACUGUUAAUGUAUAUAAUCCGAAUAAAGUAAGUGUCGAGAUGAACAGCAUUUAGGUACUAUUUUUAUUUCCUGAAUGCAGUUUCAACGCCAAUUUUUAUUACAAAAAGAUUAAUAAUGAUAAUGGUAUUUAUAUAAUUUUUCAUUAUCAAGAAAAAUACGGACAUAAAGGAUAAGGAAAAGGAGAAAAGGAAGAUAAAUAGAGAGG